GUAAAGCCUCAGCCAAGAAACUGACAAAAAAGGAGGUAGAUGCUGCACUGCAGUGUGUUGCCAAAGCUAAACCAGGACCGACCUUUUUUAGAGCACUUGAUGAUAAAGGGUUGAUAUCUUAUGCAGAGUACCUAUUUUUGCUGACAAUUCUUACGAAACCCCAGACUGGAUUUCAGAUUGCCUUUAAAAUGUUGGAUACAGAUGGCAAUGAACAAGUUGAAAAGAAAGAAUUCUUUAAGCUACAGAAAAUCCUUGGGAAGGAAGAUGAUUUGAAAACAGCUGGAGAUGAAACAGUAUUUCAGGGAGCAGAACUGGAAAGCUGUGCUGUUAAUACCAUGUUGCUGGUACAUUUCUUUGGAAAAGAAGGAAAGGAAAAACUUCGCUAUUCUGAGUUUUUCAGAUUCAUGGAAAAUCUACAAACCGAAGUCCAAGAAAUGGAAUUCAUAAAGUUUUCAAAGGGUUUGAACGUCAUGAGAAAAGAAGACUUUGCAGAAUGGUUGCUGUACUUCACCGAUGAGGAAGACAAUGAAAUUUACUGGCAGAAUGUGAAAGACAGAAUUGAGGCAGGAGAGAAUAUCAGUCUGGAAGAAUUCAAGACUUUUUGCAAGUUUACAAAUAACCUGGAAGACUUUUCUAUUGCCAUGCAGAUGUUUACUGUAGCCAAUCUUCCUGUUAAACGGGCUGAGUUCAAGAGAGCAGUGAAGGUGGCAACAGGACAGGAGCUUUCAGAUAAUGUUUUGGAUACAAUCUUCAAGAUUUUUGAUCUAGAUGGAGAUGACUGCCUCAGUCACAGCGAGUUUCUUGGAGUCCUGAGGAACCGAAUUCAUCGAGGCUUGAGGGUACCACAACAGCAAGGCGUUCAAGGUUACUGGAAGUGUGUGAAAAGAGAAAGCAUUAAAGGAGCCAAAGAACUGUGGAAGCAAACUGGGAAAAGUCCUUUCUAA